GCAGAUCGGCGGCGACGGCGCGAAGCACCUGCUCGUCGGCCUCGUGGAGCGGUCCGUGACCAUCGACGUCGGCCUCGAGGGCAACGCGGACGUGUCGUCGGCCGUGCGCCACGAGAUCAACCUCCAGCACGCGCUCGUGAAAUAUUCGCGGAACCGCGCGAUGGGCCUGUCCAUCGAGACGCCGCAGCUCCAGAGCCGGGGCCUCGCGACCGGCGCGGCGCGCUUCUCGCCGAGGCACGCGGCGCGCUCGCUCUCCGGCGCGCCGACGCGCGCGAAGAGCCUCGCCUUCGUCGACGCCGCGCUCCGGCGCGCGCCCGCGCGCGGCUCCGAGUCCGCGCGCGGCUCCGAGUCCGACGGCGACCUGUCGCCGCGGUCCGCCGUCCAGGAGCGCGUCGCGGAGUACGGCGAGAAGCAGGUCGUGCGCCUCGCCAAGGAGGCCGCGAACGCCGCGGCCGAGGCCGAGGCCGAGAACGACGACGACGUCCCGGCCGCGGCCGCGGACGUGCCGGAGCACGACCUGCUCGCGGCGCCGUCGCCGCCGCGCGCCUCGUCGCCCCCGGCACCGCCGGCGGCGCCGUCGCCGUCGGCGCUCGCGGACGCGUCGUCGUCGCCGCCGCGCGAGGCGGCCGCCGCGCCGACGUCGCCCGAGGCCGCGGAGCCCCUCGAGGCCGCGCCGCCGGCGCCGGCGCCGCGCCGCCGCGCCGCCGCGUCCAAGAAGCGCGUCGUCGACGACGCCGACGCGGACGACGAGGACGAGGCCUGGGAGCCGGGCCGGCCGUCGAUGAUGGACCUCGACGACGACGAGCAGGAGCAGGCCGCGAAGGCCAAGCGCAAGCUCAAGCGGCGGUCCAAGAAGAAGUCGGCCAAGGCCAAGAACGCCGCCGGCGCCGCGCCCCACGCGCCGGUCUCCGCGCCGCCCGCGGCCGCGGCCGCCGCGCCGCCCGAGCCCUCGACGACGAUCGCGCCCGCGGCGACGCAGCCGGUCCCGGCCCCGGCCGCGGCGGCCGCGCCGCCCCCGCGCCCGCUGCCCAAGAUCCGCGUCUUCCCGCAGCUCUCCGAGGUCCAGAAGGCGCGCCUCCGCAUGAAGGACCAGGAGCACAUCCGGCGCGCGGCGCGGCUCCACGAGGCCGUCACGCAGGAGCAGGAGCGCAACGCGUUCCUGGAGCGCAUCCAGGCCGAGGAGGUCCGCCGCGAGCAGGCCCGCAUCGCGGCCGCGCGGCCCGUGCCGCCGCCGCCGAACCGCGCGACCGGCGCGGACGACGACAGCGACGGGGGCUUUGAGGAGAGCGACAACGACGAUCCCGUCGAGGACCUCAUCCACCGCGAGCGCAUCCGCGAGCGCGACCUGCUGCGGACGCCCGGCUGCCUCGCCCUCGGCCGCGAGGCCUUCCGCGUCGAGGACAUGCCGCGCGUCACGGAGCGCGACCGCGAGAUCCUGCGGCGCCUGCUCUACAUCCUCCGCGAGGCCGAGCG